GUAUAGAGUUUUUAGAUGUUGGUGUUUCAGGUGUUAGUUUAUGGCAUUAAAUGCCUCCUGAACUAUGAGACUCAUGGUUGUGUUAGUGUGUUUACUGUCUACCACUUUCAUUAUUUUGUAACUCAACGGUUAUGAGUGUUCUAGACACUAAAUACUUCAUGUCUGGCAAUUAAUAUUGCUGAGCGUUUAAACUACCGAUAAAACUAGACUGUCAUGGGUAAAUUACUAAUUAAAAGUGUCUAAAUCAGUAUUUUAGAUUCUCACUGACUUAUCUUGACAUUAGAUUGUAAUAUGGUUUCUGUCAGUUGAGUGUCAUCUAGUUGUGACAACGGUUUGUGUGUAAUAACUGGGUGUUGUGAAUUUCAUAAACAUUAACUGUGGUCAACAACAGACUUUUGUAGUAGAUAUUACCUGAAACCCUUUCAGAUUAUGAAUACUAUGUACUAAUUGUACCUUUUUCUUGACUUUCAAGGCAACGAGAAUCUCUUUUGUUGCUUACCUCAGACCCACUUCCAUAUUUUUUCCUGUGUAUUCAGUUAAGUAUUUGUCGAAAUCACUGAUGACCUCCAACAUAAAUCAUACGAAUGAACAACUUCCUUGUACAGAAAAUCACUCGGAGUUAAAAGAAGUUUUGAAACCGUGCGGUAAACUUCCGCCGACAAACGACAUACAAUUGGAUCGAUCUUACUUUAAACGUAAAGUCCCAAUGAUAUUCGUCGGUAUUCAUUGUGAUAAACAUGUCAAGACGUCUUUAGAGAAAUUGAGACCAUUUUUCUGUCCUUUUAUCCGACUACCUAAAAUAUCUAAAACUUACCGAGAUUCAAAUGGAUCGUUGCGUAAAUUGAUGCUGGUUCAAAUGCCUGAACCUGAUAAAAUCUUACAGUUUAUAACUGAUUUGAAUCAGUGGAACGUUGAUUUACCUAAAGAUUACGCAAAUCUUCAACCAGUCGAUUUAUCUGUACCGAAAUUGCCCGAAUGUCUAAACGAUUUGAAAGCUGAAGAUUCAUUAAACGAUGAAGCAUUUAAAAAAGUUAGUGUUGUAGAAGAAGAGAUAAAUAUGUUGGAAAAUAUUGUCACCUCACCAUGUCUCGUGAAUAUGUCGAUCGGUUAUGAAAAUUUCACAUUCGAACAAGUUAUCAAGGAAUUGUUGCCUGAUUUCAUCUUGCCUAUUACUGGGUUUACUAUAAUUGGUCACGUUAUACAAUUUAACCUCAAAACUGAAGCGUUACCCUACCGUCAUAUUAUUGGUCAGGUUGCUCUUGAUAAAAUACCAAAUAUUCGCACAGUUAUUCAUAAAGCUGCGAAUAUUGAAUCGGCUUAUCGUACUUUUGAAAUGGAAUUACUUGCUGGUGUUCCUGAUUACAUAACAUCAAUGCGUGAAAACAGUGUAACAUUGCACUUGGAUAUUAGUAAAGUUUACUGUAAUCCGCGUUUGGGUACUGAACAUACACGAGUCGUUAACAGUUUGCGUCCACCUCUUCCAAUUAAUGAUCCAUUUCUUACACCGCGACCUAUUCCUGGAGAUCGUGUGGUUGUUUAUGAUGUAUUUGCUGGCAUUGGACCUUUCUCUAUUCCAGCUGGUCGAGCAGGAUGUCAUGUGUUGGCAAAUGAUCUCAAUCCUGAUUCGUUUAUUUGGCUUAAAAAAAACGUUGCCCAAAACUCAUCGCGUAAACGCCCUUUGAAAAAUAUUGUCUGCUACAAUAUGGAUGGACGUGAAUUUAUUCGUGAAAUUCUUCUUCCGCACUACAGAAAAUAUGGGAAUUCUGACACAACUGAAUCAGCUGAUUGUGAUUCUAUUUCGCUAUCAAUUGAUCGUUUUGUAGUUAUUAUGAAUCUUCCUCAAUUGGCUAUAGAUUUUUUAGAUGCAUUUGUACCACCAUUGAAUUGUAUAAAAUCAUCAAAUAUCAUUGCUGAUAAUAGUGUAACUGCCAAUCUAAAUGAUUCAUCUGUUAUACGUCAAAAAUUUAUUAAACCUUUAUAUAUUUAUUGUUAUUGUUUUAUGAGACGUAAUAUUGAAUCGGAACAAACUAUUAAAAUACGUUUAGCUAAAGCUUUAAAUACAAAUAUGACUGAUUUAUUUCAAUUUGUUAAUUCAAUAACAAAUGAUGAAACAGUUGAUAAUAUGAACAAUGAACAAAUUAAUGAUAAAUGUUUCAUAAGGAAUUGGCAUUAUCGUUUUGUACGAAAUGUUGCUCCAUAUAAAGAUAUGUAUUGUGCUGAAUUUGAAUUAUAUUUACCAAAACUAUGGUUAUUUUAUGAUUAUUCAAGUCCAACAGUAAAACGUUCUCGAACUACUGAAAAUGAACUAAUUGAAUAAAUAAAAAAUAUUGAAAUAAUAAUAAAACGUAAAACAGAAAAGGAGUGAAUAAAUAACUUACUGGUUUUGAUCAAUUGUAAAUAAUAUUUCUAAAUAUUAUUAAAUAUUUUCUUUAAAGUUAAAAAAAGAAGAUUGAAAUAUAAAUAAAAUCUAUUUAGAUAUCACUUGUGUUCUUCAAUAGUUUUGUAUCAUUUUAUAUAUCUUUAUACAUUACAAAUAAACUUUUAUAAGAAAAU